AGCUGACGAUCGUCGCGAACGGUGAUAACGACCGGAGAUAACGCGAGUGACGACGUGCGAUCGACUAGAAUCAUAACAUACCGUGAAACCUCUACAAUAGCAGUAACGUAUAUUAUCAUCAUCGUCGUCGUUAUUAUUGUCACCAUCAGGGAAAAUUGGCCGUCUCUUGUGCCUAAAACUUACCUGACCAGUCGGACGGGAGAGCGGCCACUGCGACAUUUGCGUGUUUGCGUGUGCACAUGACGUGCGAAUCCGUGUGAAAUGCAAAAGUCGUACGGCACAGACGAACCGAACAGUAAGUGACACCAGUGUAAUAUUAUUGUAGUGCAAUCGCGACUGGACGAGGGGCAGAGAGUGUAAUAUUGCGUAACGACUUGGAUUGCGAGUGGAGAUUCACUUCGGGCGAGUCCUGUGACGAGUAAGAUGUCCAAAGCCGACCAGCUCCUGUCGAAACUACCGCCGCCCACUCAGCUGCCGAGUUUCGUCACCGACGCUUUGAAAGAGCCCAGCAGCAGAUCCACUCAGCAGGCUGAUCCCGUACUGAACACUACAGACAUGACGAGUCAAAGCUUUCACACUCCAAUGUUUUCGCCAGUAAUCACCCACAAAAACGAAGAAAAUUUUGAUGUGCCUACAAGUCCUUCCAGUGAAUCUGGUACUGAUAAGUCUGUCAAAAGUGAACAAACGUCAGGGAACAAAGGUGAUUUGUUUAACUGGAUGAGAGGCAGUAGUUCCAGUAUUUUCUCCAUGGUUGCUGAAAAAGCCAAGAAUUCUGUUGACGCUGUACUCACUACUUUGGAUCCACAAAUGAAAGAUGCUUUUAACCCCAAUACUUUUGAUGGCACAGAUGUAGUUGUCGCUUCAGAAAAGGAAAUUAUCGUCAGUGCUGUAAGAGAAGGGUUUCAAAAAGUAUUUGGUAAAUCAGUUGUUAGAGGACUUGAAGCACCUGAUCAACCGUUUGCUGCACAGUUGGUAGGAUUUUCCGCAGCAUCCAAAGCAACUAAAUAUCGCAUAGAUUCAGUUAGAUUACAUGUAGUGAAAGGACCUGUUGUUGCUUUUGAAAGAUUUAUUGUUGAACCGAUUGAAUCAAAAUGGUAUGAAUUUGGCCUCUUGAAACUCAAUGAUAUGGAACGAAAUAUAGAUCUAGAAGUUUACACUCAAAGCGUCCCCGUACCAACGUCCAUUGUGAGUCUAAUCAAUGACGACACACCCAAAGAUUAUGAACACAUUUCAACUGGAUUCAGUAUACCGGUUGCACAUUUUAUGGCUAGCAAUUUGAAAGUACACCCGUCUGAAUGGCAAGAAAUAAUGACCGGCGUUAGCCAACGAUCAUCAUUGUUAGCCGCUUCCGUUUCUUUGGCCAUGUCGUAUAAAAAUGCUUUGGAAUGAUGACAUUCAUAGUUCAGCUUGAACACAUUUAUAAAUAUAAUUCAUACAUUUAUUAUGAUUAUCAAUUAUUACUUUACAUUAUAUAAAUCUUGUUAUUA